AUAACUACCGACCCUGACCGUGACCCUGUCAACAACUGUCAAUGACAACUGGCUCACAGGGUUGCCAUAUCUAAAUGUCAGUUCCUACUUGUCAGCACUUUGACACGUUGUUGGAAAUGGGCUGUGAUUUGUGGAUCAGCUGAUGAUAAAACUGUCAUAAAAGUGAUUUUUUUUAUGGUAUACAUAAUAACAUUUUUGCAAAUCGGUAUUUUUAUUUUAAACCUAUUUCAGUGGUCAAAUAUGUCAAAGCAAAAGGAAGUAGAUAACAGUAACAAGUAUUCAAUUUUACUACCUACCUAUAAUGAGGUACAAAAUUUACCGAUUAUUAUUUACCUUUUAGUAAAACAGAUGAAUCAAAGUAAUUAUGAAUAUGAGAUCAUUGUAAUAGAUGACGGAAGUCCUGAUGGUACCCUAGAAGCUGCAGAACAACUUCAAAAAAUAUAUGGAAAAGAUAAAAUUAUUUUAAGGCCAAGAGAAAAGAAACUGGGACUUGGAACAGCUUAUAUUCAUGGAAUUCAACAUGCCACUGGAAAUUUUAUUAUUAUAAUGGAUGCUGACUUAAGUCAUCAUCCAAAGUUUAUACCAGCAUUUAUAGAAAAGCAACAGUCAAAAAAUUAUGAUGUGGUCUCAGGUACUAGAUAUAUAGGAGAAGGAGGAGUCUUUGGAUGGGAUUUCAAAAGAAAGUUGGUAUCUCGUGGAGCAAACUUCUUAACUCAACUUUUGUUAAGACCAGGUGCAUCGGACCUUACAGGAUCAUUCAGGCUCUAUAAAAAGGAUGUUUUAGAAAAAUUAAUAAACAGUUGUGUAUCGAAGGGAUAUGUUUUCCAAAUGGAGAUGAUUAUUAGAGCAAGACAAUGUAACUAUACUGUUGCAGAAGUACCAAUUACUUUUGUUGAUAGAGUUUAUGGAGAAUCAAAAUUAGGAGGAUCUGAAAUUAUUCAGUUUGCUAGAGCUCUAUUAUAUCUUUUUGCUACUACAUAAAAUGUAAGCCUGUUGAAAUUUGAAAUAAAGAUAUUUUUAUUUACA